AUGGCUAUUGGGACCGUGACUGCCACACUCGCAUUCACAGACCCAGAAGGCACGCCCGUCAGCGUCGUUGCUGGCAGCCAAGACAGCGCGUUCGUAGCUGUGGACGGCGCCUCCAUCGUGUUCGCCGCUCCCAUCAACAGCAAUGCCAGCGACGACGUGGAUGACUCGCCCGCCACACGCGCCGGCAUCGCCAUCAGUGACCGUGGCGUUGCCCGCACGCGUACCAGACAAUGCGACCGUGGCGUUGCCCGCACGCCGGUGUCGGUGGCGGUGCUGUUGUUGUGGUUGUUGCUGCUGUUGUUGUGGUUGUUGUUGUUGUUGUGGCUGUGGUUGUCGCUGUUGUUGUUGCUGUCGCUUUUGCACGCCGCACUGCACUGCACGCCGCACUGCACUGCACGCCGCACUGCACUGCACGCCGCACUGCACACCGACACCCACAAACACCACUGCACACGCGAGUCGAUGAGCACAUACCGGCUCCUAUCCGACAGCGCUACGGACACCCCUUCUGUCACAGACCCCCUUGAUGUCAUCCCCAUCGUCCUCCUCACCAUUGUCCUCUUCGCCACCGUUAUUUGCACUGAAGCAGCGGCAGCAUCACCAUCGCAAACCACCGUUGCACCGAAGGCUGUGGCAUCGAGGAUUGGGUGGGCUUUUGAAUCCAAGCGCGCUUCGGGCAGCAACAACGAUGCUCGCAACCACCGCCAGUUCAAAGUAGCAGACAGAAGGCUUUUCACUGCCCAGUUCAGCGCGCAGCUGUUCCCUGAGGCGCCAGACAACAGCAUUGCCGACGACGAGCGUGCUGUCUUCCAGCGCCUCUCUGGGUUUCGCAGCUCCGCCAGCGAGGACGGGCCUGCGCUGGUCUUUCGCACCUGCACCGCCAGCGGCAGACUCGCAUGCUCAGCAGCGACAACCGCACAUGCACGUACGCUGUCCAGCCAGCUCUUCCCGGACACCAUCGACACGGAGACGGCGCUUGACGUGGUGGACGUGCUCGUCGUGGCGCAGGACCGCGACCUCAGCACCCUGCCCAUCGACAACAUCACCAUUGGCAACCUCCUCAUCACAGAGACGAGCUGUCAUCCAGUCCAGCAUUCGCGUGCGGCUGCAGCGGGCGGCACCACACCGCCACCCACGUCCACGCCGCUGUCGUUCCCCGUCGCCACCUGCGAGUCCUCGUCGCCCUGCGUGCGUGGCACUUGCACGACGCGCGCUGGCUUCAUCGUGUGCUUCGCCGCCAAUGAAACAUCGGCAUACACCAGCACCCAGCUGCGACAGGCAACCCUCACCGCCUUGUCCAGCAUCCCCAACACCGCCGGCGUGUGGCAGACCACGGGCGUGACAUCCACAACCGACGAGCGCUGCGUGCACGUGCUGGCAAGCGAGCAGGUGCCCGGCAACUCAAGCGUGUUGGCAGAGGUGGAGUACCGCGUUGCCACCAGCAUCUUCACCAUCGUCCACCCGGCAUCUGCGACCGCCCCGCAAGCAACGGCGCGCCGUGACCCGCUCACCUACGACGUCACCACGGCCCUGCCUGCCGGUACUCGCAUCAAGGCAUUCGGAUGUGCCUGCCCGACCGGGUUUGAGGGCGACACGUGUGCCGAUAACAUCGACGACUGCAGCCCCAACCCUUGUUGGCCCGGCACCUGCACAGACCUCGUGGCAGACUUCACGUGCUCCUGCGAAGGCACGGGCUUCCAGGGCGACCUCACGCUCACCACGCUCCUUCCUCCAGACAGCACGCCUGCCUACAUGACCUCGUUCACCCGCACGUGCCGGGCCGAUCAGACCUACACCAACACGGAGCUGGCGUGUCGUGACGUCAACGAGUGCGACCCAGACGCCCAACACCAGCCCCGCACCUACCAGCAGCAGGCGCUGUACACGUGCGAUGAUGGGUACACCACCACGGGCGAUGCACAGGCUACCGCCACCUACACGGCUACUUGCACGGCGACAGGCAACUACACGUUCCAAGGGACGUGUGUGGAGGUGGACGAGUGCGCUGCCCAGCCGUGCAUGAACGGCGGCGUGUGCACGGACCUGGUGAACGCGUUUGAGUGCGCAUGUGUCGGCGAGUGGGGUGGCCCGACGUGCAGUGAUGACACCAACAGGCCGCCAGAACGCAUCUCCCUCAGUACCACGCGCGUGCCAGAGAACACCUUCCCGCUGCCUCUCGUCACUGUCACUGUGGAAGACCCAGACACCCACCAGAGCCACACGCUGCAGGUGCUCUCAUCAACACCACGCGCGUGCCAGAGAACACCUUCCCGCUGGACAAAUGGUGGCAGUUGCAGUGGUGGCAGUGGUGGUGCAGGUGCAGCUUCUCCCACUCUGGAGAUCACGCGCGCACUGGACUUUGAGGUGGAUGGGUCGGCCAUCGAGGCUGUCGUGCGUGCAACAGACAACGGCACCAUUUCCCACCUGUCGGCUGACUUUCUUGUGCGCAUCAACGUUGAAGACAACAACGACGCGCCAACAGCCGUGCUGCUUGAUACCACCAGCAUUGCAGAGAGCAUGCCAGCUGGCACCCUUGUAUCCCGCAUCAGCACCGUGGACCAAGAUGCUGGUGACAUCUUCACAUACGCACUUGUGUCUCCGCAAGGCUCAACAGCCGCUGCAGCCUUUCAAAUCAUGGGCGACAUGCUGCUGGUCAAGUCUGCAGCGCCGCUCAACCACGAGGCCAACCCUGUCGUCACCACGUCUGCGCUGCUGUUGUGGCGUGUGCUGGCUGCUCGGGCACAGGGAACUGCUGUAGCGGCUGCUGCGACGUGUCGUUGA